GGGUUCCUCUCUUGGCUCUGCUCCUGGGAAUUCAUAGGCAGGUGGAUGAAUUCUGUCUGCCGAAGUCUUGGAACUGGCCCUUCCCACACACCCCUUUGAAAGAAGUCCCUCUGCACUCUGCUUGCAAGCGUGUUCUGCUAACCAUUCAGAUUCACUCUCCUACUUAAAACCUGAAAACGUUGGACCACACUAAAUUUUACUGAUUUCAGGGAGGAAAAGCCGUCAAAGAUGUCCAGCAAAACAGCAAGCACUAACAACAUAGCCCAGGCUAGGAGAACGGUGCAGCAGUUAAGAUUGGAAGCCUCCAUUGAACGAAUAAAGGUCUCAAAGGCAUCAGCAGACCUCAUGUCCUACUGUGAGGAGCAUGCCAGGAGUGACCCUCUGCUGAUAGGUAUACCAACCUCUGAAAACCCUUUCAAGGAUAAGAAAACCUGCACCAUCUUAUAGUGCAAUAGGGAACCAGCUCCGUCCUCACCUCUUCUCAACAAGCAAAUUACGAGCAGCUCCUCGGAGAGCUGUGCCUUCAGCUUGUCUGGUAACCACUGCUAAUAACUAAAAUGCUCUUCACUUGGAA